AUGUUCAAUCCCCCUCCCGCGCCCAAGACCCCGUUGGGUUAUCGUCGACUGCUCGCCCCGAACGCCGGGGUCAGGGUCUCUCCCCUUUGUCUCGGUGGAAUGUCCCUCGGAUCGAAAUGGGCCGACUUUACGGGAAAGAUCACCAAGGAAGCCGCCUUUGAACUCCUCGACGCCUUCGUCGAAGCCGGCGGCAACUUUAUCGACACGGCCAACUUGUACCAUUUCGGCGAGUCUGAAGAAUGGAUCGGAGAGUGGAUGGAACAGAGAGGAAAUAGGGACCGUUUGGUUAUCGCGACUAAAUACAGCGGGUUUAAUGAUGGGGAACAGAAGGAUGUGAAUUCGAUGGGGAAUGCGGGGAAGAGUAUGCACUUGGGUGUGAGGGAGAGUUUGAAGAGGUUGAGGACGAGUUAUAUUGAUGUGUUUUACGUGCACUUUUGGGACUACUCCACCCCCGUCGACGAGAUCAUGCGUGGUCUCCACCGACACGUCCUCAGCGGGGAGAUUCUUUAUCCGGCCGUCAGCGAUACCCCAGCCUGGAUCGUCGUACAAGCCAAUGCUUUUGCGAGGCAACAUGGGUAUUCGCCGUUUGUCCUUUAUCAGGGGUUGUGGAAUGUUAGCGUGAGGGAUGUUGAGAGGGAGGUUUUGCCCAUGCUCCGUAAAGAAGGAAUGGGAUUCGCCCCCUGGGGAGUCAUCGGCCAAGGGAAAUUCAUGUCCAAGCAACAACUCGAAGAACGUAAAGCGAGCAACGAACCUAUCCGAGGGGGGGAACAGUCGGAAAAGGAUGUGAGGGUUAGCGAGGUUUUGGCGGAGAUUGGGGAUGAGCUAGGGGCGAGCGUUACGGCGGUGGCGCUCGCUUGGGCGUUUAGGAAGAUGCCUUAUGUUUUCCCUAUCAUCGGCGGACGCAAGGUCGAACACCUCAAGGACAACAUCAAGUCCCUAGAGAUCACCCUCACCGACGCCCACGUCGCAAAGCUCGAAGAGGUCAACCCGUUCGAUUUCGGAUUCCCUUAUGACUUUUUCGGAAGGGACCCUCAUUUGAUGGGAGAGACGACGAACCGGGUGAUGAAGGCCAGCGACCCUAUUCAGUGGGUACAGGAUGUCAGGUCGAUCGAGGCGCAGAGGCAGUGAGCGGUGGCGGGCGACUCCUCGGUCUCGUCGAUGUGACUCGAGCGGAGGGGAAAGGUACCUGUAAGGGGAAUGCGGAAUUGAGAAUAUGUCGAAAGUGAAAUAUAUCUAU